GUGAUGCUGACUCUGCUAGUCCAGGGAACACACUUUGAGAACUACUGGUCUAUCCUUAUUCUCCCCACAACCCUAGAUGAGCAGAGCGCUGCAAACAUGGUGAGCGAGUCCCCGGGGCCCGGCGCCAGGGUCCCCUGGCGGCGAAGCGACGAGGCUCUGCGCGUGAACGUGGGCGGCGUGCGGCGGCUGCUGAGCGCCACAGCCCUGGCGCGCUUCCCGGGCACGCGGCUGGGUCGCCUGCAGGCCGCGGCGUCGGAGGAGCAGGCGCGGCGCCUGUGCGACGACUACGACGCGGCGGCGCGGGAGUUCUACUUCGACAGGCACCCGGGCUUCUUCCUGGGGCUGCUGCACUUCUACCGCACGGGCCACCUGCACGUGCUCGACGAGCUCUGCGUCUUCGCCUUCGGCCAGGAGGCCGACUACUGGGGCUUGGGCGAGAGCGCGCUGGCCACGUGCUGCCGCGCGCGCUACCUGGAGCGGCGCGUGGCGCGGCCGCGCGCCUGGGACGAGGACAGCGACACGCCGAGCAGCGUGGACCCGAGCCCGGGCGAGAUCUCCGACGUGCAGCGCGAGCUGGCGCGCUAUGGCGCGGCGCGUUGCGGCCGCCUGCGCCGCCGGCUCUGGCUCACCAUGGAGAAUCCGGGGUACUCGCUGCCCAGCAAGCUCUUCAGCUGCGUCUCCAUCGGCGUGGUGCUCGCCUCCAUCGCCGCCAUGUGCAUCCACAGCCUGCCCGAGUACCAGGCGCGCGAAGCGGCGGCCGCCUUGGCUGCGGUGGCCGCGGGCCACAGCGCAGAGCAGGUGCGCGACGACCCGGUGCUGAGGCGCCUCGAGUACUUCUGCAUCGCCUGGUUCAGCUUCGAGGUGUCGUCGCGCCUCCUGCUGGCGCCCAGCCCGCGGAACUUCUUCUGCCACCCACUCAACCUCAUCGACAUCGUGUCCGUGCUGCCUUUCUAUCUCACGCUGGUGGCGGGCGCGGCGCUCGGCGGCCAGAGGGGCGCGGGCGGCGAGGACCUCGGCGACCUGGGGAAGGUGGUGCAGGUGUUCCGCCUCAUGCGCAUCUUCCGCGUGCUCAAGUUGGCGCGCCACUCCACCGGGCUGCGCUCCCUGGGCGCCACGCUCAAGCACAGCUACCGUGAGGUGGGCAUCUUACUGCUGUAUCUGGCCGUGGGGGUGUCCGUGUUCUCCGGCGUGGCCUACACAGCUGAGAAGGAGGAGGACGUGGGCUUUGACACCAUCCCAGCCUGCUGGUGGUGGGGCACAGUGAGCAUGACCACCGUGGGCUACGGGGACGUGGUGCCGGUGACGGUGGCUGGCAAGCUGGCGGCCUCGGGCUGCAUCCUAGGGGGCAUCCUGGUGGUAGCGCUCCCCAUCACCAUCAUCUUCAAUAAGUUCUCUCACUUCUACCGGCGCCAGAAGGCUCUGGAAGCCGCCGUGCGCAACAGCGGCCACCAGGAGUUUGAAGACUUGCUGAGCAGCAUUGAUGGAGUGUCGGAGGGGUCUCUGGAGACAUCCCGCGAGACCUCCCAGGAGGGAAGGUCUGCAGACCUGGAGGCCCCCAGUGGGCCUCCAAAAUCUCAGAUUUAUUAAACCAGGGCACCAUGUCCCCCUCCCUACCCCCUAAGUCAGCUACAACAAAGCAGAGAUUUGUCCCCUGCUGAAGUUCUUUGUGGUAGCAUGACCGCUCCGAUCACUCACCCUCGCCUGAAGAAUGACACCCAGAGGCUGGGUCCCUUCCUUUAAAGGCUCAGGGCAGGAUAGUGUUACCCUAGACUCUGUGAG